AUGGCUCCUUCUAAUACUGGUCCAGCACUGUGCUCUCUCGAUGAGUUUCUCUCCCACAAAUACGACUACAUCAUAGUCGGUGGAGGCACAGCAGGCCUGACUGUCGCUGCUCGCCUGACCGAGAAUCCUUCAGUGACAGUCGGCGUCGUUGAAGCAGGCCAGAACCGCAUGGCUGACCCCCAAGUCAGCACUCCAUCGCUCUACCCAAACCUCAUCGGGCGGCCAGAGUACGAUUGGUGCAUGUCCAGCAUACCACAACCAAAUGCUGGCAACAAGACGUAUUCGAUGCCGAGAGGUAGAGUCUUAGGCGGAAGCUCGGCGAUCAACUACCAAAUGUAUGUACGCGGCUCGAGGAAGGACUAUGAUUCGUGGGCAGAAAUGGGAAAUCGUGGCUGGGGUUGGGACGAUUUGUUGCCGUACUUUAAGAAACAUCAGACACUUGAUAUUCCGGAUCAGGCUGCGCUACCUGAAGACAAGCAGUUCAUGCCACACGCUGCGAGAGAGAAGUACCAUGGCACCGACGGUCCCAUCCACACGAGCUUCAACGACUACUACAUGCCUUUUGAGGAGGAUUUCUGCAAGGUGGCGUAUGAAGUUGGCGGUGGGAAUAGCACGCUUAGUGAUGCUUGGUCGGGUGACCAUAUGGGAUUCUACUCUUCACUGGGGGCUGUUGAUCGAACGGCCGAUCCGGGAAGGAGGUCGUACGCAGCAACCGGAUAUCUGCGGCCAAACUUGCACCGAGGGAACCUCCGAGUCCUCACGGAAGCACAAGCGACCAAAGUACUGCUUGAACGUGGCCGCGCUGUGGGUAUCGAGUUUUACCAUGCAGGUGAGCUUCGUCAAGUGAAGGCUGCGAAAGAAGUCGUACUGUCAGCGGGUGUGAUUCAAACCCCACAGCUUCUCGAGCUGUCAGAUAUCGGGGACCCUGCUAUCUUGCAGAAGGCUGGGAUUGACUGUGUCAUCGAGAACGCAUCUGUGGGAGCCAACUUUCAAGACCAUGUUCUCGGUGGUAUGCUGUUCGAUCUCAAGGAGGGUAUAAAGAGCUCGGAUGCGCUACACGGCGAGGAGUACGCUAAGGCACAGCAGGAGGUGUACGAAAAGACGAAUAAAGGUCCGUAUGGUAGUCCAGGAAUGUUGAUGGGGUUUGUGAGCUAUGCUAGUCUGGUCGGUAAUGAAGGCGUGAAGAAGCUGCAGAACGAGAUUGCUAGGACGAGCUUAGCAAAGACCAAAUUUGAGAAGAAACAGGAAAAGGUCAUCGUGGAUCAGUUGCCAGAUGCCACCUUCGCCAACCUCCAGACAUUUUGUAUCCCUUGUCAGUUAGACAUGAGCGCCGGAAGCGACCAAAUACAAUUCUUGAGCGCACCACCAGCAGGCAAGAACCGCGUCUCCUUGCUCAUCUGUCUCGAGCAUCCACUAUCUCGCGGCACUGUGCACAUAUCCUCCUCAGAUCCUCUUAAGCCCCCUACCAUCGAUCCAGGCUACUUUCGCAAUGAAUGCGAUGCGAAGAUCCUCGCGGCAGGAAUCAAGUGGUUGGAUACCGUCUCGAAGCACCCUCUUGUUGCAAAGUCCUUGGGCGACCGCGUGCAGCCGCCUCCAUCGAAUAGUCUGGAAACAGAGGAGCAGCGUAUCGCGUAUGUGAAGAAUCACAUCUCGACGCAAUAUCAUCUGAUUGGUACUGCUGCGCUGGGCGAAGUAGUCGACGAGCGAUUGAGAGUGAUGAGCGAAAAAGGACAAGUUGUCAAAGGUCUGAGAGUAGUAGAUGCUAGUAUUUUCCCAGGCCACGUCAGUGGUAACAUCAUGGCAAGCACGUACGCCGUUGGUGAGAAGGGGGCGGAUUUGAUCAAGGAGGACGAUGCUGUCUGUCUCCUGACCGCGGGUCCUUGCAGUGCCAAACUUGCCAAACUUCUCACCAGUGCGGUUCAAACCGUGUUUGAUCUGCACGUGGUCGUUGUCGUUCCGAGCGGUAUCCUAUCGAGUGGAUGGGACUCGCGGCAAAACUUCGCUCUAAUCAUGUCGUAUCAUAGGCUCUCCAGUUCCACAGCAUCAACUCCCGAAAGCCGACCAGGAGGUCUCGAUCCCUGA